CACGCCACGCCCAGUCGGCCCCCCGAGGUUGGGCCACGCCCAAUCGGCGACCCUGGGCGUGGCUUGCUGAAGCGGGCCGGGUGCGUUACGUGCCCCGACUACGGUCUCCGCUCGCCGCUCCCGCUCUCCGGAUCAAUUGCUCCCACCUCCACCGGAGAUCCCAGCAAGACAACAUGCCUCCCAAGAAGCCCGAGCCUAAGAAGGAAGCAGCCAAGGCUGCCCCAGCCCCUGCCCCUGCCCCAGCUCCUGAACCCCCCAAGGAACCUGCCUUUGAUCCCAAGAGUGUAAAGAUAGACUUCACUGCUGACCAGAUUGAAGAGUUCAAAGAGGCUUUCUCGUUGUUUGACCGGACACCGACUGGAGAGAUGAAGAUCACCUAUGGGCAGUGUGGAGACGUACUGCGGGCACUGGGCCAGAACCCCACCAAUGCCGAGGUGCUGCGUGUCCUGGGCAAGCCCAAGCCUGAAGAGAUGAAUGCCAAGAUGCUGGACUUUGAGACGUUCCUGCCAAUCUUGCAGCACAUCUCCCGCAACAAGGAACAGGGCACCUAUGAGGACUUUGUGGAGGGGCUGCGUGUGUUUGACAAGGAGAGUAAUGGGACAGUUAUGGGUGCUGAGCUUCGCCAUGUCCUUGCCACCCUGGGAGAGAAGAUGACUGAGGCCGAAGUGGAGCAGCUGUUGGCCGGGCAAGAGGAUGCCAAUGGCUGUAUCAAUUACGAAGCCUUUGUCAAACACAUCAUGUCUGGGUGAAGCAGACUCGUCCAGGGUGCCUGGCCCUUGGCCUCAGCCUUUCUGGGGCAAGUGAAGCAAGAAGCCCAGAAUAACUGAGCUGGAGCUAAGGUUCUGGACUCAUUGCAUGCAGCCCUGAGGGCAUCCCAGGCCCAUAGCCCUCCCUGUAAAUAAACAGUCCUGGCAAGGUUCUGGGCCAAAUUCUGAGUCCA